UAUUAAUUGUUACGUUAUUAAAUUAACAAAAUUAUUUUCAAUUAGACUGCUGUUAGCUAAUGCUGUUAAUUUCAUCAUUUUCUUUUCGCCGUAUAGAUCGAGCUGAUUGAAAUCGAUUCGGUUUGUGACGAAAAUUAUUAAAUUAAAUUUAAUACAAAACAGCCUGUAAUUCGAAAACAAAAUUAAAUAUGACAAUCAAAUAUAUAUUUCUUUUAUUCGGCAUAUAAAAUACAGGAAAGAUUUAACAUAAAGAAGAAUUUAGCAUAAAGAGAUUAGCAUAAAAUAUUUUGCAUAAUACUACGCAAUUGUAUGAUUAAUAUUAGUUUGGAAUUUAUUUAAUAUUUUUGUUUGUUUUGGGAAAAUAAGAAAUGAUUUUAGGAACUAAAACCUAUUCUGCUAAAUUCAUUUGAUAUUUUGAAAAGUCAGUCUGACGCCAUCUAGCGUUCUUCAAUGAAUUAUAAUCUAUGUAAAGAUUAGUGAAUUAUCCGACAGAUAGCGCGCAAAAAGAAAAAAUGUAAAAAAAAAGCGUCAAGUAUAUUAUAAAUUAUUUUGUAAAUGGCCAUAAAAAAAGUGAAAUAAAAACAAUAAAAAACUCAAAUAUAACGGCAUUAAAAACAGCUAACAUGCUUCUCUCUGGUACAACGAUAGGAACAGAAGAAUCCAGCAUUCAGGAAAAUGUCAAUGCAGAUUGGAAUAGGCAGCAGCCACAAAAUUUUCGAUGAGUUGGAUUUCUCUGUUCCUAUCACUAUGCAAUUAUUACCUAAGUAUGUAUUAUUUCUACUAAAGUACAAAAUGACUGUGAUUGGUCAGUUUCAUAACUACAGAUCUACGUGUUAUUAAACUCGAUUAAAUAGUGACGUGUAAACGUACAUAAGUCACUGCCGUCACAUUUGAAAUUUGAAAUUCCCGCUCUAAAAUAAGGUCUCGUACCUGUCGAGCGACUCCGUGGCCGCUUCCAUGAACUAUCGCCGUCUCGCGAUUGUGUACGCAACUCAAGGGGACAUUUCUCGUCACUUAUACGUAUUCAUAUGUAGUCGUGAUCGGAGAGUGGUGUAUGUUGUCGUCGAUUGAAUCCACCACCCCCGACAAGUUUGACAGAUGACCGACUGUCAACGUUCGACGAGUUUGACAAAGUGAGGAAAGCGCAUCGACAUGGAGGCAGUGCCGAGAUUGCCGAUGAUAUGGUUUCAACUAAAAGUCAGUCCGGAGCCGACCACUUUCGGGCCGAAGCUCAAACAGUACAUACAAGAUUUUUACAACGAGGAACCUGAGUCAUAUAACAAUGAGAUACACCAAUUGGAAAGCUUACGCUCGAUGGCAGUUAGACCACCAGUCGACAUGGCUGGGUGUGCUCUGCUUAAGAAAUAUUAUUGCCAGUUGCAUUUUCUUCAAAGCAGAUUUCCCAUGUACAAAGAAGGACCUGCCGCAGUCACAUUCACAUGGAGAGACGCUUAUGCGAACUUGGUGUGCUCAUUGAGUAGCAUUCGUUUUGAGAUUAUAUCGAUUUUAUAUAAUAUUGGAGCAAUGCACAGCCAACUGGGCGCACGGACUGAGAGAAACAGUGCAGACGGAAUGAAAAUGGCGUGUACUCAUUUCCAGUGCGCAGCGUGGGCCUUUGAACACCUGAAGAACAGUUUUCCUCAACCGUCUGGUAUUGAUCUGUCACCGGAAUUAAUGACGUUCAUGCAUCAGCUCUCCUUGGCGCAAGCUCAAGAGUGCAUAUUGGAAAAGAGCAUGCUGGACAAUCGUAAGCCAACAAUUGUAGCAAAAGUGGCAAAGCAAAUAGUAGAUUACUUUACUAUGGCUUCAACCACUUUGGACCAAGGUGGAGGUGAUGAUGGGACUAUAUCCGAUACUGUGGGCAACAAAAUUUAUAAGAGCUGGAAACGCUACGUCAAGUUUAAAAAAGCGUAUCACAUGGCCGUCACGUAUCUUUAUCAAGGUCUUGCUGCGGAGGAACAGAGGAAGAUGGGAGAGCGCGUAGCUUUUUAUAAUGCUGCCCUAGCGUCUCUCAACGAGGCACACACGAUUUACGAUUUUGCAAACGUUAAAGAGGAAAAAGCCGCGGUGGAAGAAUCGCUCACGUUUACCAACGAUGUAAUCGAAGGCAAGAGAAAAGCCGCUAAAAACGAGAACGAUUUUAUUUACCACGAAGAAGUGCCUGAAAAAGAAAGCCUUCCUACUGUGAAAGGCGCGUCUUUGGUUAAAGGAAUAUCGUUUAACAUAAAUGACCCAGAGGUAUCAGGACAAGAUAUAUUUGCAAGAUUUGUUCCUAUGAAAGUACACGAAGCUAAUUCUCUUUAUUCGGAGGAAAAAGCCAAAAUAUUGCGUUUUAUUGGAGCCAAAAUUGAUGAAAAAGAUCAAUAUCUUAAUACUUAUCUCACAUCGUUGAAGCUGGAACAUAUGAAUUUAUGGGAUCCUGAUGCGCAAACUUCAGAAUGGGAAUGCUUACCUCUGCCGGAAGAGUUGCUCGAACGAUGUGCUGCGCUUAAUGCAAAACAACACAUUAUUCAAGAUUUAGUAGAUAUUAUGGGAAAAUUAUCUGAAACAAGCCAAGAUGUUGAGAAAGUAUUAAAAGAAAUAUCAAAAUUUUUAUUGGAUGAGGAACAAAAGGAAAAACAAUAUCAAGAUGCAGUAGGUAAGAGACCACCAUCGAUAGUAGCAACAGAUUUAACCAGAGAAGCUAAUAAAUAUGAGGAGGCACACAACAAGGCUUCUGAGAGUAAUCAAGCUCUUCACAAAGCAAUAACAAUGCAUGUAAAGAAUUUAAAAAUUCUCGCGCAGCCAUUAGCUGAUUUAAUGGCUCAGAUCCCUUCACCAAAUGUGCAUCUUGCAGAUCAAGGUUCCGAAAAGUCACAAACUAAAGAAAUAGAGAAAAUGCAUACUAAAGAACUGAAACGUGUUUUAAGUAAAGUAGACGAGAUGCGAAUGCAGAGACUUGAUUUGCUUACCAAAUUACGAGAUCAAAUUGUCCAGGACGAUCUGACGCGCUUACUAGUCACGGCUACGUCUGAAUCCGUCUCUCUGGAUCGUCUGUUUAAGGACCAGAUUAGCAAGCAUCAAAGUUUGGUGAGCUUAAUCGAACAAAAUCUUGCUGCACAAGAUAACAUAUUAGCAGCUCUAACGGAUGCGUAUGCGCAGACUGCUAACGUACGUAAAAACGUGGAGGAAGUACUGAAACGCAGAGAAAUGACCAUAACUUCUUUAAUCAAUUCUUACGACGCGUACGAGGACUUGCUGGCGAAAUCGAGCAAGGGCUUGGAGUUUUAUAGGAAAUUAGAGAUAAAUGUUACGAAGCUGUUGCAGCGAGUUAAGAGUACGUGUAAAGUGCAGGAAGAAGAGCGAGAGCAGAUACUCGCGCAGGACAAUAAGAACACGUAUGAGAAAGUCGACGCGACAAUACCGUCGACUUACGAUCAAGCACGUCCUCGAUCUGGUAACGGCCUGAAGCUGAAGGAUUAUUUGAACACCAGAGUCGAAGGUGGUACCGGUUAUCAAAAUCCAUAUUACAACUUGUAUAAAGGGUCGCACGUCACGUCGAUGCAGAUUGAUUCGAAAUCGUUGGCAACUGACAUGGGAAACAAAAACGUAAUUCAAUCUCCAAGUCCAAUACCCGUAUCGGAAAUUCCGUCCGCGGCUGCGAAGUCAUCGCAACAUUAUUAUCCCGCGACGUACGCCGAUUACAGAACAAGCUCGCCGUAUCCGUACGGCACGCAGACUUAUUAUGAAAAUCCGGUUGCUAAUAGCAUCUUGAAUCAGAGCUACUUGCCGACCACCACGAGCACCACGAGCGUCUAUCAGCAGCCGACUCUGUCCACGCCAACUGCAGGCGUGUCUAAUUCGAGUGUACAAUAUCCUGCCAGUCCUUCCUAUCUACCUAACGGACAGGCUCUACCCACAGCCACCGGACAGGACAAAUUCCGCGAUGUCUCUUCUAACUACAACGUUUCCAGCACCACUUUGCAGUACGACGCUUAUCAGUCCCCGACGGGUUAUAACAGCUACAACAUUGCGACGCCGUACGUUUCCAAUCAAGAGAAAGUUACGGUUAAGAGCGGAACGGCUGAAACAUCCACGCAUAUUCAGCCAGUACCGCAAAUGCCCGUCUCUGCGAUCGGAGCCGCCGCCGCAGCAGCAGCAGCAGCAGCAGCGAGCAGCACCGUGUCGACGGAUGGCCAAGGGCAAACUUUGUACGGCGUUGUGCAACAAGCUCAGCAGUACGAUAACCAGCCGAAGACAACUUUAAGCCAAGAGAUGUUUCACGGUGUUCAGAACGCUGCUAGAUCUCAGCAAGCGAUGCCGGCCAAGGACAACACGUUGGCGCAGAACUACUCGCUUCCUCAGACUGCCCAUUCCGAAAUCACAUAUCCGCAGAGCUAUCAGAGCGCCACGUAUUACAAUCCGGCGGAGUUGCAGGCCCAGCGAGUCCCGUACACUCAGGACACGUACGACACGGCUGUCGUUCCUCCGAUGCAAUCGCCGCAACCGAGCACGAGCAAUCAGUCCGUACAUUCCGCACCGUCAACCAACGAGGCCUCAGUGCCGUACUCUUCGAGUUUACACGGCGUUAAUCCUGUCCAGUAUUCGCAGCAGACCGCUACAGACUCGAGCACGCAGAAUUACACGGAUAAAACGUACGCCGUGUACGGCACGCAGGUGCAAAUCAACGCUGUGACACCGAAUUAUCCAGGUACUUAUCAGAAUUAUCAGCACGGUGCCGCUGGCACGCCGUACGAGCAGACCGGCAUGCUGCCCGGGGACGCGUCCGGCACGUACGCCUACAUGAACAGCUCGAGCAGCUCGGAAAUAAUACAAAGCCACGCGAAACCGACGCCGACGACGGUGCAGAGUUACUCGCAAUCGUACCAAUACUCGCAGCAGGCUCCUUACUCGGGAUACGUGCAGUAUCCAAAUUAUACGCAGGGUCAAAGUUACGCCUACAUGCAAGGCGCGCAUGGAACAAAUGCAAUGCCGUACGCGUAUAGUCCUGCUAACCAGGCGCAGGGUUAUACUUACCCGUCCAAUCCGCAAGGUGCACCGACCUCUCAAUCGUUGGAGGCGAUGGUAACGUCCUCCACCAAUGUUACGGCCAGUGGUAUUUAUCAGCAGCAGGAGACAAACGCAAGAUACACGAACGCGGGCAAUAACGCUGUAGUCAGUCAAACGCCAUCCUCACAAUACAGCCAAGAUUAUCAGCCUCAGACUGGAAACGAUACGUACUACACCACGCCUUACGGCCUUCAAAUGCAGGGCCAAGCUGGUUCGGUAACGAGGCCUGAAAAUUACACGAAUUAUAAUCAGACGUACAUGCAAGCCGUCAAUAACGGGACGAACACAACAACGAGCGCUAAUCCGAUGAAACUCACGACCAAAUCCGAGGAACCGAAAUCGAACGUCGAUCUUCUUUCGGACCUUGACAUCACUAUAAAUCAUGCGCCUCUUGUGCCUGAAGUGCGACCUCUUUCUGCGGUACAGAAAAAAGAGGAGGCGACAGCGGACGCGGAAGAUGAUAAGGCAGAAAAAAGCGAGCAAGACAAAUCUUGUAAAACUGAACCAGAAGUCGCAGCUCCCACUGAAGACAAAAGUGAUCAUGAGAAUUUACAGAUUGUAUGGGACACAUGGUAUAAUGACGUUCAACCGAAGAAAGAUCCUCUAGGAGAACCGGCAGCUCUACAAAAGUUCAUUAAUGAUGUUGAGAAGUAUGAAAAGUUUGUAGAUAGCUUACUCGUAAAAACUUUAAGCGGAGCAACGAAUCUCGAUAUCAAGUGGAAAGAAGUUCAGGACUUCGAGGAACGAGAAAAUGGAAAACAAUCGAGUACCGUAGCGUUAGCUCACUCGUCCGAAAAUCGAACAAUUGAUUGUAUUCCAUAUGAUACGACACGAGUACAAAUAUCGUCGUCGGAUGUUUCGUCAUAUAUAAAUGCGUCUCACAUCAUGGAAAUCACACAGUGGAUACCUACAGCGUUUAUUAUAACUCAAACACCUUUAACAGAUAAAUUAGACGUUUUUUGGACGAUGGUCUGGGAACAAGAGAGUGAAGUUAUUGCAUGCUUAGCUUCUGAUACUCAGUUGAAUGGAGAAUUAUAUUGGCCCAUAAGUGAAGAGGACAACUUAGACGUAGGAAAUUUUACCAUUUCAUUAAAGAAAAUAGUUAACCAUACAACUUACAUUCAAAGAACUCUUUCUAUUCAACAUAACAAAAAGAAAUCUGAGAGAGUCAUUGUACACAUGCAAUUUCUUGUGUGGCCUUCAAAUGGUUUUCCGAGUAGUCCCGGCGCUAUACUCGCAUUUUCGAGCGACGUGAUGACAGAGCAGGCAUUAAGACGCUGUUCUCCCAAGCCCGUAAUUGUACAUUGUUUAGACGGCGGUUCGUUGAGCAGCCUGUUUUUAGUGGCCGCUGCGACUGUAUGUCACAUACGAGCUGAUUGUGGAAUCGUGGAUGUACCGCUGGUUUUUAAAGGCCUUGCGAAAUGCCGUAAACAAGUCGUAAAUAAGGAAUCGCUGUUAUUUGCAUACAGACUCGUUUUGUACCACGCUCAGGACAUUUUAAUGAAACGUGGCAUUCUGUCAUCUACGCGGGCCACAUUUGACAAUCUGGAUGGAUUCAAAGGGAACAAGGAGAAAACAUCCCGAAAGUUACAGUGCCAUCCUUCGGACGAUUUUCUUCAUAAUCUCGGGGUGGGAAUGCAACGCCCUGAUUCUGAGCAAUCGGGAAAAACACAAACAAUUUUAACAAGCGAUAGCACGUCGAGUAAAAGUUCAUCGUCACAAGAAAAAUCUAAUGGCAGAGUCAUUGAUCCCUUGAGUCAAUUGGAUCCUUUGUGGUCCAUCAGAAGAUAAUCAUACAACGCUAGGAAUGUAAUUUCCGCUGUGCAGCUUUAAACGAUUAUUUAAACGAAAUAGGCAUUCCUAUCUUUGUUAAAGUGAUUGAUAAAAAUUAUUGAGUUAGAAUUUUUAAGAUAGCUUGUAUAAAUAAUGUUAUAAUAUGGAAUUAAAGAGGAACACAAUGCAUCUAAAUUAGCCUUGAAAAAAAAGACAUUUAUUCAAAUAUUUGUGUGCUAAUCCUUAAGUUUUAACAGUUUUACUGUCUGUUAUAUAUAUAUAAUAUAAUAUAUAUAUAUAUAUAUAUAGAAUAAAAAAUAUAAAACACAUGCCUCCUAUUUGUAUUCAUUUUUCAUGUUUAUACAUUUCAAUUGGCCUAAACAAUGCAAUCCAACUGCAUUGCUCCGUUUUUAUACUUCAAUAUAUUUAGGCUGUAAUGUAUGAUUAAUUAGGUAAAUAUAACGUACUUGUAUUUACUUAGCGAUUUAAUAUAAUUAAUUUUAUAUAUUUCUGACUAUACCUGUUUCCAUGAGAAAUGAUUAUAAUAUAAACUUUGUGACACAUUCAUGUCGAACAGAAUUCAUUCGCAGAUAACAAAGAUAUUUUAGACAAUAUAAUUGUUCGAUAAUAAUAUAGCGCAUUGAAUGCGAAAUAUUUAUUAUAGAGAAUCUAUAUUUAAAGCAUAGGCUUACGCUAAUGUCCAUAAACGAAUGCGAUAUUCUAAUAGUCAUGUUAUCCAGUAUUAUGUAUGGCGAUUUUUUUAAGGACGCUGCCGAAAUAUAUGCUAAACAUAUAUAUCUUUCAAAAUUCUAAUAAAUUGCAAUACAGCAA